AUGGAAGCUGUGUUGCCGCCGCCAUUACCGUUUAGUUCUACAAAUAAUUUGGAAAAUGUUACAUCAGGGAACCUCUCCAAAGAAUGGGAGAAAUGGAGAAAAUCAUUCCAAGUUUAUUAUGAGGCGUGUGAAUUAUCUAAAAAAAGUGCUCAGGUGCAGAUGAGCAUAUUGCUGCAUGUGAUUGGUGAGCAGUGUCGCGAGGUACAUGCUCAAUUUGAAGGUACAUUUGCCAGUCUAAAGGAUUUAUUGGAUAAAUUCGAAUCUUUUUUCUCACCGAAAAAAAAUAUUACCAUCGAAAGGCACAGAUUCUUUACUCGGUGUCAAAAACAAAGUGAAUCAAUUGAGCAGUACGCGUUCGAGUUGAAAAAGCUAGCAAGUGCUUGUGAAUUUAAGGAGCUAAUAGAUGAUUUGAUAAGGGAUCGCCUCAUAUGUGGAAUACAGGAGAACGCGCUGAGGGAGCGUUUGUUGCGAGAGCCGGACUUAACUCUAAAAAAGUCCCUGGAAAUAUGUAAUAUUGCGCAAAUAUCGAAAGUGCAGGCGGGGUCAAUCAAGAAAGAGUCCAGUGAACAUGAAGCUUAUACUUAUAAUAUUACAGCAAGUAAUAGUCAAGACCAGUUUAUGCUAGAGGAAGGCGGUAUUCCGUACGGUCAGGUGAAUUGGAUAUCAAGACGUGGAGGGUACGGAGCGCGAGGCGCGCCGAGGGGCAGAGGUCGCGGCUGGUCGCAGCCGGCCCCGCGCCCCGCGCCGCCGCGCCGCCGUGCCGCUCCUGCGCAAACAGCUGUUUCAUCGCGAGAGAUGAGACAACAACGUCAACAAACGGGACCUUAUGGUGAAAUUAAAUCUGGAGUGCAGUGUCUAAAGUGCGGGUUUGCUCACGGUAUCUAUAUGAAGUGUCCGGCUUUAGGAAAAAUGUGUUUGAGUUGUAAUAACUAUGAUCAUUUCUCACGCAUGUGCACGGUGUAUAACGUACAAGCUGUGGAGUCCUCAGUGGAACCUAUCGAUCAGGUAAUCUAUUGUCUUAGUAAUUCGAGUAGUGAUUGGUCUAUAGAUUUAACCUUCGGAGCAGAUGUUACUAUUAAUUUUAAACUGGAUACCGGGGCCGAUGCGAAUAUUUUACCAAUAAGAUAUUUGAGCCAGGUUGGUUUAGCAGAACAAGAUUUAUCUAAGACGUGUAUAAAGUAUAAGAGUUACUCAGCUAACGAUAUCAUUGUACUAGGCACGUGUCAUUUGAAAGUGCAGUACAAAAAUAACUUUUAUAUACUGGAGUUCGUGAUAGCGGAUGUACCGUCCUAUGUAGUACCGGUGUUAGGCCGCGAAUCGUGCAGUGAACUUGAGGUAGUUAGAUUGAUAAAGGACAUUAGCGUCAUACAGGAUUAUGAGAUGUAUGCCUGGCGAGUACAAGAUAGAAAUUGA